AUGACGUUUAUCGCACGGUCAAGAACAGAUAGCGAGGUGUCAUCAAGCACUAAUCAGAGUUAUGGACCUUGGGCAAGCGAUCUGUUUCAACGUUAUCAGUUACCAGCUGCUUCAUCGUGCUGCGAUGGGUGUCAUCGGGUCGAGAUCCACUACUUGGGUGUUGCUAACCUGCAAUACGGCACAUUGGUAUCCACGGCAGCCUUCUAUGAAGUCACCGAGAAUGACGUUCCAGAGCCAUCCAAAUCGAUUUCAUCCAACACGACUCAUCUCGAUACCAUGAUGAUGGAUAUGGAUCAUGGCGACGAACAAGCAAUCGAUCAUCAUCCCGACACUAUUGUAAAACGGGCGAGCCCUGUAUUGUUUUCUUCAUCCUUAUCAUCACCCAUGGCUCCACCACCUAUUGCUCCAGAGACAUCCCUUCCACCAAAGAAACGUAGGCGUCACAAGGUGCUUCGACAUGAUGUGGUCUUUUGUUUGGAUCCACCCUCUUCAUUACAUCACCAUGAGCCGUCAACAGAUCUCGAGUAUUAUCUUUUCCCACAUGAUGCCAUCACCGAAGCUAUGAAUGAUCACCCGCCUUUUGAGGUGUUAUGCUCCUUUCAUGCGGAUGUGGAUGAACAAAAGAGUAAUCGACCCUAUGCAACCAAACUGGAAGAAUUUGCUGCCGUGUGUAGCUCAGCGGCUCGUCGUCGAUCAUCCACGGCAGAGACUGAAGACCCACGAUCAAGGGUUGUGAACAUGCGUUUAUCAGGAGUGUCUCGAAGAUUAUUCCUUGCCAUCAAGCAAACAGUAUCAGAAUUCGAGAACGUGUGUGAAAAGAUGGUGCAAUUGAUGAAGUUUCACACACAGCAAACCAAUGGCGUCAGAACAUUGUCAUCAUCGACCAUGGCUACAACUACCACCACCACUACCACCAUCACUUCACCUCCCCUCAAACAAGAACAUCCCCAAACUGAAUGGGAAGAAAUGCUUUGUGCUACUCCAAAAACGACUUUUCAACAACGUGAUGAUAAAGGUGUCACAGAGGAAAACGACCGGGCUACAACAUCCACCCCAUCGCAACAACAACAACAACAGCCUAACAAACAUGCACGAUCAGCAAGUACUGGGAGUGCGGUGAAGAAAUGCUUGUAUUGUGGAUCUAAAAGCACACCCAUGUGGAGACGUGGCCCACAAGGUGCAGGUACUCUAUGCAAUGCAUGUGGUGUCAAAUGGAAGCAUGGAAAGAUUCUUGCCGGUGGCAGCAGCAGCAAUAGCAGCAAUGACACGGGACCUACUACAACGGCCACGUUAUCAACACCUUCAACUUCUACUCGAGAACGUAGAGGCAGUGACAAGAAACGAAAAAAGUCAAUGGGCUCAACGCGACGAACAAAGGCCACAGCAGCAGCAGCAGUAGCAGCAGCAGCAGCAUCUUCAAGGAUGAGUGAUGAUGAUAUGGAGAAUAAUAUUACGGCUGCACAGAAUUUAAGCAUCAGUGAUUCAUCGUUUGCUGUACCAUGGCCUGUACAUCAACCACAUCAGCCAACACAAAUGCCUUACGAAGCACAUAGUUUAUCAUCAUCCAUGUCAGGAUCGUACAGCCCAUUGGAUGAAUCUUCACCAGGAUCUUCACCCCCUCUAUCAGUCAUUGUUCAACACCGACGCCAUACGGUCGACAUGGCUAGUUUAUCAGACACCCCUUUUGCUGGCGUCGAUGCCGUUGAAGCUGCCGCUGUCCUUACUCUUCUCAAGCGAAGCUGA